AUGAUUCCCAAAUCUGUACAGCCACUUCAGUUUCAGACCUUGACAGGUCUCCGACAACUCGCCGAAACUCAUCGUUACAAGGUUUGGUUGUUGGAUCAGUUCGGAGUCCUCCAUGACGGAAAACAACCUUAUCCCGGUGCUAUUUCAACAUUAGAGAAUAUAGCAAAGACUGGUGGUAAAAUGGUGAUCAUAAGUAACUCUUCAAGACGCUCUUCUGUUACUAUUGAAAAAGUCAAAAGUCUUGGCUUUGAUGCUUCUCUUUUCUUGGGAGCUAUCACUAGUGGAGAACUCACUCAUCAAUGCUUACAAAGGAGAGAUGAUCCUUGGUUUGCAUCAUUGGGAAGAUCUUGUAUUCAUUUCACCUGGAGUGGAAGGGGGGCAAUAUCUCUUGAGGGCUUGGACUUGCAAGUUGUGGAGAAUGUUGAAGAGGCUGAGUUUAUUUUGGCUCAUGGAACCGAAGCUCUGGGGGAUGCCAACGGGAAUGCACGUUCAAUGAAUCUCGAAGGCCUUGAAAAAAUAUUGGAGCUUUGCGCUGCCAAAAGGAUUCCUAUGGUAGUAGCCAAUCCAGAUUAUGUAACUGUUGAAGCAAAAAAUUUGCGUGUGAUGCCCGGUACUCUAGCAGAUAAAUAUGAAAAGCUUGGAGGUGAAGUGAAAUGGAUGGGGAAACCUCACGAGAUAAUUUACAACUCAGCGAUGGCAAUGGCUGGUACAGAUGUUUCCGACUGUAUUGCUGUGGGUGAUUCUCUACAUCAUGACAUUAAAGGCGCUAAUGCUGCUGGAAUCCAAUCAAUUUUAAUCACUGGAGGGAUUCAUGCAACUGAACUUGGACUCCAUGGUUUUGGAGAAGUAGCCGAUUCAUCUUCUGUGCAAUCACUUUCGACAAAAUAUAAUGCUUUUCCGUCAUAUGUGUUGCCGGCAUUCACAUGGUAG